AUGGAACUACUACCGGAAGGUCAAAAUAACCAAGUUGAAGUCACAUUUGAAGAUCAAAAAAAGAUAAAUGAAUUCUCAAAAUUGAUCCAAAAGAAAGAUUUAUUAAGUGCUGAAUUGACAAAGCAAAAGCAAGAGAAAGAGUAUUUAGAUGAUGUCUCUAUGGAAAUUGAAUUGAUUGAUGAAGAUGAAUUGGUGAAUUAUAAAGUCUCAAGUGUAUUUGUUAAAAUGAAGCAAGAAGAUGCCGUUGAAAAAUUGGAAAAGGAUAGUGAGAUCUUGGAUGGUCAAAUAAGUGAAUUAGAAACCAAGCUAGAGGAUAUAGAUGACAAACUAUCAGAAUUGAAGACACAAUUAUACACAAAGUUUGGUGACAAUAUCAACCUUGAGCGUUAA